AUAUUUGUGUUAAUAAUUGUUUUGUUGAUUAAUAUAAAUGUUUUGUCAUUAAAACCGGCGAUCAUUUGGUUUGUAUUGCAUUUGAAUUGUUGGCCAAAGAGUUGAUUGCAAAUUGAUAUCACUUUGAGGUCAGACCAGUGAUUGUCUACAAAACAACAGUUGACUUCAUUGCAUGGAUUUGUUGUCCAACUAUUGAAAAUCCCAAUAAAAUCCAACCGUUUGUUUGUUUAAAGUUUUUUGAUGAAGAAUUGAAUAAAAUGUUGAGUUUAUGUCGACAGUCGUUAACCCGUUUGAACCGCAAGUGUCUAAUCGGUCACCGAGUGGUCAGACAAUCGCAUUCGGAACAGAAGAUUCCAGAAAAGUAUGAGAAGUUCCGUACGGGACAUAUGGAUGAAGCAGUGGUUCCGUUCGGGUCGUGGAAAGAGGCCUUCAAUAAGCAACAGAAAAAAUAUAACAAACAGUUAGCUUUAAGUCUUCUGUUUUUUGGUGGAACCGCUAUUUUUGUAUACAAUUCAGGAGUAAUAGACUUAGUUUUGCCGCCGCCGAUGACUAAUGAUGAUAAAUAUCACUUUCAUUGGAUGAAAAACUUGUUUAAAUUUAGCAAACAAUCGUUAAAAGAAGAAAAGUCUUCUUCUACUAAAGCAAUACCCGAUUUGCCUAAAGAAGUUCCAUAUCUUAUAAUAGGCGGCGGAACCGCAUCUUUUGCCGCCUUUAGAUCAAUUCGAGCCAAUGACCCGAAAGCCAAAGUUUUGGUUAUUUCCGAUGAAGACUAUUAUCCAUAUAUGAGACCUCCUCUCUCUAAAGAACUCUGGUUUAGUAGUCCUGAUCUAACAAAGAAACUAACAUUUAAACAAUGGAAUGGAAAAGAGAGAACAAUCUUCUUAGAACACGAAGAAUUUUAUUUACCACUUGAAAAACUAAUUCAAUCGGAAACCGGAGGCGUUUCUGUUCUCAAGAAUUAUACUGUGGUUAAGUUGGAUGCAACCGAUAGGAAAGUAUACUUAGAUAACGGGGAGAUAAUAUCAUAUGAUAAAUGUUUGAUUGCAACCGGAGGAACACCUAAAAACAUCGAACCAUUUAUUACUUCGCCAUCCGAUGUCCAGAAGAGAGUGAUUUUGUACAGAAAUAUUGCAGACUUUCAUCGUUUAGAAGAUAUUUCACGAAAAGCUAAAUCAAUAACAAUAGUCGGCGGAGGCUUUCUUGGUAGUGAAUUGGCCUGUGCUUUGGCCGGUCGGUCCAAACUUUACAAAACCAAUCUCAUAGUCAAUCAAGUAUUUCCUGAAGAAGGAAAUAUGGGUAAAGUUUUGCCUCAAUAUCUUUGCGAAUGGACUACAAAUAAAGUUAAAUCUGAAGGCGUUAAUGUAAUUCCUAAGACCAGUGUUAAAGACGUUCAGUUGGAUGGAAAUCAAUUGGCUUUAAGUUUAAGUGAUUCCAAUAAAUUGAAGACCGAUUAUGUUAUAUUAGCCGUCGGUUUGAACCCUAACACACAGUUAGCAGAAACAUCAGGUCUAGAGGUUGAUGAUGUUUACGGCGGAUUUAGAGUAAAUGCCGAACUUGAAGCCCGAACUAAUUUAUGGGUAGCGGGCGAUGCCUCCUGUUUUUAUGAUAUUAAACUCGGCCGAAGACGUGUUGAACAUCACGAUCACGCCGUAGUUAGCGGACGGUUAGCCGGAGAGAAUAUGACGGGUGCUCACAAACCUUAUUGGCAUCAAUCGAUGUUUUGGUCGGAUUUAGGCCCUCAAGUUGGAUAUGAAGCCAUUGGUAUUGUCGACUCAUCACUGCCUACUGUUGGUGUUUUUGCAAAAGCAUCAGAAAAAGAUACCCCGAAAGCUGCGGUUGAGAAAACCGGUGAAGGAAUUCGCUCCGAAUCGGACCAAAAAGCUGAAGAUGUGCUCAAAACAGAAACAACUGAAUUAACUGAAGCAGUUCCUCGAACACCACUACCGGGUGAUGACUUUGGAAAAGGAAUUAUAUUUUAUUUGAAAAACAAUAUAGUGGUCGGCAUUGUCUUAUGGAAUGUCUUCAGCCGAAUGCAAAUCGCCAGAAGAGUUAUUAAUGAGGGAAAGCCUUUUGAGGAUCUGAAUGAAGUGGCAAAACUGUUUGACAUUCACUCCGAUGAAUGAUCUCUUCCGCAAUUGUUAUACAAUUUAGAUGUUUUGUUACUUUAAAUA